AUGCGAUAUUGCACCAACAUUCAUUUGAUAAUUACUGUCAUUUAUUGUAUAUCAAUUUCUGAAGUGUAUAUGUUACGGCGACAUAUGCAUAAUCAUGAUGUUGAUGAAAUACCAUUAGAGAUUAAUCAUGAUGAUUAUAAACUUGGAAAACUUUUAUCAUUACGAACAGAUGAUAUGAUAACUGAGAGAGAUAGCGUUAUCAAUAUUCGAAAAGGUGAUCAUUUAACGCUUAAUUCAGAUGGUCGCUGA